AUGUCCGCCUCACUUCCUGGGAAUCGAGACCUCCCGGCCUCUCAAUAUGACCUCUCCACGUACUGGGGCCGUGUCAAGCAGUCUGCGCAGAUCGCAGAUCCGAGGACGCUCUUCGUCUCCUCCUCCGGCCUAGAGAACGCAAAGAACCUAGUGACCUCGUACAAGAUGGGGCAAGCAAAAGUGAUGACACCAGAGAUAUGGCAAGCAAAGAAGAUUGUCGACUCGACACUGCACCCGGACACAGGCCAGCCGGUCUUCCUCCCCUUUCGCAUGUCGUGCUUCGUCAUCUCCAAUCUGAUCGUCACGGCGGGCAUGCUCACACCGAACAUGGGUACCACGGGUGUGGUGGCGUGGCAGGUGAUAAACCAGUCGCUCAACGUGGCCAUCAAUUCGGCCAACGCGAAUAAAUCGUCCCCUCUCUCCACCUCGACGCUGGCCAAGUCCUACUUCUUAGCCGUCUCGGCAUCCUGUUCCGUCGCCGUGGGUCUCAACGCCCUUGUCCCCCGCCUCAAACGAGUCUCACCAAACACGAAAGUCAUCCUUGGCCGCCUCGUGCCCUUCGCGGCUGUCGCAUCCGCAGGAGCUCUGAACGUCUUCCUGAUGCGUGGCGAAGAAAUCCGUCGCGGAAUCGACGUAUUCCCCGUUCAGUCGCAGGCACAGAAAGCCGAGCGCGAAAAGACAGGCAAGGAAGUCGCCAGUCUGGGUAAAUCCCGCAAGGCCGCGUUGUUGGCGGUAGGCGAGACUGCCAUCUCACGUGUGUUGAACGCCACGCCGAUCAUGGUCAUUCCGCCCUUGGUUUUAGUCCGGCUACAGACGACCGAGUGGCUGAAGCAGAGACCGAGGAUGGUCUUGCCUGUGAACCUGGGACUGAUCUUGACGACCAGCAUCUUCGCCCUACCCUUGGCGUUGGCGGCUUUUCCGCAGAGACAAGCUGUCAGCGCGCAUAAGCUGGAGAAGGAGUUCUGGGACAAGGGGGGAGAAGGCGGACUGGUCGAGUUCAAUCGGGGUAUUUAG